AUGGUGACCAAUCAGCAAGACUCGUCUGAGAUGUUCAACCAAAUGGUCGAAGAUGGCUUUGGUGUCGAUGUGAUUCCGUUGCUCAAUGUCAGCAGUAAUAUCUUACCCAAGGUGAUUGAUUAUUGCAGGAAACACGUCGAGUUUGAUUCCAAGGAGAAGAUGGACGAUCCUAAUGAGGCUCACGAAGAAAUCAGGAACUGGGACUCAGAGUACAUCAACGUCGGUGUCGAUGAGCUUUACCAUCUUAUAAUGGCUGCCAACUACCUUCAUAUCAAAGGGUUGCUGAAUUUGACUUGUCAGAAUGUAGCUCGGAUACCAUGA